CCGUGACUGCAAUCUGCAAGGCUGGUCUCAUCUUGUGACUGCAAUUUAUAAGGGUGGCCAGGAACAUAAAAGGGACAUCCUAUCUGCACCUACUGCAACACACUGACUUCUCCAUCAGGUCUCACCACCUCUCACCAUGUGCACGGGCAAGUGUGCCAAAUGCAUCGGAUGGACCCUCAUCCCUCUCUCCAUCAUCUGCAUCACAUGUAACGCCUUUCUGUUUUUCCCGGGAUGGAGCACAGAGCCGUCUAUGGAGCCCGGGACUAAGCUGACAUCAGAAGUCAACAUGUAUUUGGGGAUUGUAGGAGGCGGCAUUAUGGUCCUGCUUCCAGCCAUUCAAAUUUUGGUAGCUGGUGGGAAAGGAUGUUGUGGAAAUCGUUGUGGGAUGUUUCUGUCCAUCCUGGGUGCAGCUAUUGUACUCUGUGGAUCACUAUUCUGCCUAACGAUGUCUGUUGUGGGAUUACACCGUGGACCGGUCUGUCAGUAUUAUGACCGUGUGAAGACGAAUACUACUGGCUCCCCAGUACCCACCACCAAUUCCUCCCUCAUCUGGGGUCGCCCAUUUGACGACCCACAGAACAAUGAAAACUACCUCUUCCACCCAGAAUUGUGGGACACGUGUGUGGCACCUUCUGAUGUGGUGGAGUUCAACGUCAUCCUUUUCUCUAUCUUGAUAGCAGCGAGUUCCAUUGAGGUCAUCCUGGGCGCUGUCCAGUUGUUCAACGGUCUAUUUGGUCUCAUCUGCGGAACCUGUAGGAACAAGGAUGAUGACGACUAUAAGGAGAUGAUGGAAGAUGAAAAGAAGGAAAUCAAAUGCUAAUACAGCGACCAUGCUUGGAGCAGGAAGCACUUUCCUUAUAAACCUGUAAUUUCCCUUUACAUAGACCGGAUGUGGGCUGGUUUCUAUAGAAAAUGUAUCUAGAUUUGUAAAUGAGACCCCGUGUAUCCUGCCAAUUAUCAUCUGUUAAAGCGGAACUAAACCCUCCUUUACUUUUCAGCCAUGGAAGCUGCCAUCUUGGCCUCUGUUUGAUCUGCA